AUGGAUUUCAACGAUCUCAAGAGCACUGUGUCGAACCUGACCUUGUAUGAUAUCAAGGCCGGGUUCCGCAAAGCACAAAAUGCUGUCAUGAACUAUACAGAGAUGGAGUCCAAGGUGCGAGAGGCAACUAAUAAUGAACCGUGGGGUGCCUCGUCGACAACGAUGCAAGAAAUCGCCAAUGGCACAUUCAGCUACCAAACACUCAACGAGAUUAUGCCCAUGAUAUACCGACGCUUCACCGAAAAAUCCGCCGAGGAGUGGCGCCAGAUCUACAAGGCCCUGCAGCUACUGGAAUUUCUUAUCAAGCACGGAUCCGAACGAGUCAUUGAUGAUGCCAGAGGCCAUAUUACAUUGCUCAAGAUGCUGCGCCAGUUCCACUUCAUCGACCAGAAUGGUAAAGAUCAGGGCAUCAAUGUCCGAAACCGAGCCAAGGAAUUAGCUGAACUCUUGGGCGACGUCGAACGAAUCAGAACCGAGCGUAAGAAGGCUCGUGCGACGAAGAACAAAUAUACUGGUGUAGAAGGUGGCGGGAUGUAUGGCGGAGGCAGCAGCAGCCGCUACGGCGGUUUCGGCCCCGAGUCCUCGGGAGGUGGCUCUGCCAUGUAUGGUGGAUUCUCCGGAGGCGUCUAUGGCGAUGGCGGUGGCUUUGGAGGUCAAUCCAGUGACUAUCAAGAAGGCGGCGAUGCCGGCCGAUCUGACCGAUUCGAAGCAUAUGACGAGUUUGAAGGGAGUGAAAGACCGGCGACUAGCUCGACCAGAAGAACCAGAGCCGAGCGUCCCGGCACCAAGAAGACCACGCCCGAGGCCGCCAAGCCCAAGGAACCCGAAGUCGAUCUGUUUUCUUUCGACGAGCCCGCUACUACCUCGAGUGCACCAGCUCCUGCCUCCGGCUCCGGUCUGGCUGAUCUCGCCGACCCUAGCAGUGCGCCUCCAGCGGCCAACGAAGACGAUGACGAGUUUGACGACUUCCAGUCUGCUGCACCCUCAGCACAGCCUUCUGCCCCGGCUGCUCCGGCCGCCUUUGCUCAGCCAUUGGCCGCUCCCGCAGCAGCACCCACAGCGGCCGCCUCUUCUCAGGCGUUUGCUGCUCUGUCGCCGUCGGCGAGCACAUCAGCUACUCCUAGCGUCAACUACAAUGCAUUUAGUGCUUCUACACAAGCGAUCAAACCUGCUGCUCCUGCCAACUUCCAGCAAUCGGGACCCAACUACUUCAGCGGCGUCCAGUCCCAGGGCAGCACUCAAGUCAGCACACCCACAAUUCCCACGGCGACAAGCUCCGGACCUACGACCAUGGCCAACACGCGACCAGUCCAGGGCAGCAGCAAGCCAGCUACCCCUGCUGCUGGGGGCGACGCCUUUGGUGCUCUGUGGGGCAAGGCCAGCGCCGGCAUCAAAAAGACAAACACGGCGACAUCUGGCCCUGCUCUAGGCCAAUUGGCCAAGGAGAAGAGCAGCGCCAACAUUUGGGGCUCCUCUGCGCCCAACUCUCAGACAAUGGGUGGCGGCGCUGGAGCUGCUGGUGGCUCGGCUUCCGGCGACCUGCUUGGCUAA